AUGGUCAACACAGACUUCGAGAAGAUCUAUCUCAACGAGUCGCGAUUAAGUGGCCGCAUGAGAAUCGCCGACAGCGGCUUGGGCUGGAAAAUCACCGCCAGCGGCGCCUCCACAAAACCAUUCUUAUUGCCCUCCGAAGAGAUUUUGGCCGCUCUGUGGUCUCGCGGCUCGCGCGGGUACGAACUACGUGUGCAGACGAAGAACCAGGGCGUGGUGCGGCUCGACGGGUUUGAGGGCGAGGAUUUCGCGAAAAUGAAGCAGGAGCUCCAGAGCAAUUUCCACUUUGCGUUGGAACACAAGGAGCACUCGUUGAGGGGCUGGAACUGGGGUAACGCCGACUUGGCGCGCAACGAGUUGGUGUUCCAGUACAACAACAAGCCCAACUUCGAGAUUCCGUACUCGGACAUUGCCAACUCCAACCUCACCGGUAAAAACGAGGUCGCGGUCGAGUUGGCCUUGGGCUCCGAGAAGGCCGGCGACGAGAUGGUCGAGAUGCGCUUGUACGUGCCGGGAACGGUCGAGAACGAGACCACCAAGACCGUCACCAACGAGGACGGCAGCGAGAAGCAGGAGGAGGAAACAGAGGAGGUUUCUGCUGCUUCUGCCUUCUACGAACAACUUAAGGAUAAGGCCAACAUCGGACAGGUUGCCGGCGAGGCCAUUGUGUCGUUCAGCGACGUGUUGUUCUUGACGCCUCGUGGCCGUUACGACAUCGACAUGUAUGCUACGUCGUUGAGAUUGAGAGGUAAGACGUAUGACUAUAAGAUCCAGUUCAAGCAGAUCGAGCGUAUUUUCUCCUUGCCCAAGCCCGACGACGUGCACCACCUCAUUGUUCUACAGAUCGACCCUCCGUUGAGACAGGGCCAGACAAAGUAUCCGUUCCUUGUGUUGCAGUUCUCCAGAGAGGAGGAGACCGAGUUGGAGUUGAACCUCUCGGACGAGGAGUUCGACCUGAAGUACAAGGACCGCUUGAAAAAGCUGUACGACCUGCAAACACACUUGGUCAUGGCGCACUGCCUCAAGGGCUUGACGGAACGUCGUUUGAUCGUUCCGGGCUCGUUCCAGUCGCGCUUCUUGCAAGCUGGUGUGUCGUGUUCGUUGAAGGCUUCUGAGGGCCACCUUUUCCCGCUCGACAGAUGUUUCUUGUUCUUGACCAAACCCACCGUAUACAUUCCUUAUUCUGAGGUCAGCAGUGUGACCAUGUCGCGUACGUCCACUGGUCUUACGGCCUCGCGUACCUUCGACUUGGAGGUCAACUUGCGUGGCGGAAACCAGUCCCAUGUCUUUGCUAACAUCGACAAGGAGGAGCAGGAGACCAUCGAGAGAUACUGUCAGGAGAAGGGCUUGAGAAUCAAGAACGAGGAGAAGAUUGCAAAGGCCAUGUUGGCCAAGGCCAUGACCGGAGACGACGAUGACGACGAUGACGACGCCGAUGUUGACAUGGGUAGUGCAGCCGAGGAGGAGAGCGCGGACGACGAUUUCGGCUCUGGCUCCGACUCUGAUGUUGCCGAGGAGUUUGACUCCAAUGCUUCUGCCUCAGACUCGGACGAGGAAAUGGAGGAUGCUGCAGGGAAGGAGAAGGACGAUAGACCACCAAAAAAGAAGGUAAAGAACUAG